UUAGAGAGGAAAAAAGUGAAAAAGCUUCGAAAAAAGGAACAGAAAGCAAGGGAGCAAUCAAAUGAGGAAAAAGGAAAUCUGGAGGUACCAGCUGAUUGUUUUGAGGUUCCAUUGGCAGAAGUACAUAGUGUUCCAGGACCAUCUCACUCCAAUUAUGAUAACCCUGAUGUAUCUCUGAACGUCUCCACCUGUGUUAAACUGGUUCAAUUCUCCAUCGAUGAAGAUAUGAGUGUUGAAUUCCAACGUGAUCUCUCUCACCAAUACCUGGAUUCGGUCAAAGUUCAUAAUGGUGAACCCCGACCAGUGUCUGCCAAUAGUCGACGGCUUUCUGCCAAUGCUGAGUGGCAAGCUCCAAAAUCGCAAAGGUUUGGCCGAAAUGGUAGCAAUCAAAAUCAUCAAGCAAAAGUUGAACCUUUACAGAAGCACAAGGACAGUGUUUCCCCUGUAAAUAGCAGAAAGAUAUGGACUAGAAAAGUUAGUGUAGAAAGUGAUGGUGCUUCAAUACUGCAGGUGCAGAAAGAGGCAAUAGAUCAGAAGCAGAGGAAUGCUGAAGUGAUGAUUGGUUCUCUACCUAUUCCAGUGAAAGAUUGGAGCACUGGCCGACAAGGAAACUGCCCUGUCGAAGCAGGAGCUGGACGCACAGAGACGGCCAUGCCUAAAAACUGCAAUAUUGUUGAGAAGCCAGCUAAGCAUAAUGCUUUACAGAUUGGGUCAAACAGAGUACCUGCCAAGCUUUAUAGGCCUGUGAGGCAUGAAGUUGGAAGACCAGAUCCUGAAGAGGGUGCAAUGUCUUUGAAAUUUGAUGAUCGGACGUCAUUGAAUGAAAAUCCUUUGCAGUCAUGUCCCAUGGACAACUCUGGCACUCGUAAGAAUUGUCAGGUUCCUGAUGGAAAUGUACAUCAAGGUUGGGAAUUUCCAAUUAGCGCGGCUAAGGCUUUUCUUGCUCAGAGAUGGAAGGAGGCUAUGGCUGGAGAUCAUAUCAUGUUAGUGCGUUGUCCUGACACUAAGUUCUCAGAGCGCCCAGAAGAGCCAAGUAGCAGUUCAGUAACAGCCCCAGCAUCAGAUUCUGGGGAAGAUUCCGCUGUUUCCAGCGUUGACGAUCUGCUGCCAAAAGAUGGAGUUGUUCAGUCAUCUUCCAGUAGAACAAAUAAAGUCAAGUUUAGGCCAGAGGCUGAAAAGGGUAUUAAGAUAAAGUACAUUCUCAAGCCAAAAACCCAUCAUUUAGGAAGUGAAAGGUAACUUUCUUACUCACACCCAAUGGUACAGUUCCUAGCCAUUGCAGCAGAGGUUCCUUUUAACCAGUGGUCUUCUGUCAGAGUGUUAAACAAAGAGAAUUCUAAAAAAGUAGCUACUUGUCUCAUCCCUUCUAAAUUUGAGUCAAUAAAGCAUUUUUUUUGGCCCGGGCUUGUGCUCCUUACAAUUUUGUUGUAAUGAGGCAGGGUUUCCCUUUUUGCUCAUCAGAUACCUUGUAUGUUCAGCCAAUGUAUGGAUUGAUGAAAAUGAUCCCAAAGAUUACAGAGCAAUAAUUUUGGUGUUUCAUUUUUCUUAUUAUA